ACAAUGCGCGGCACCCAACCACACGUUUUGCGACUUUUUGUUGCGAUCCUAGCAGCAGUCGGCCUGAUCCUCUUCUUCGAUCCUCUCAACUUGGGACUCGCAUCAUCGUCAGCCAUCGGCAACUUCUAUCCCACAGAUAAUCGAGCGGGCGGGUGGUUCAUGUCUUCCACAAUUACCCAUAUCGUGUUGUUCAAGUUCAAGCCCGAUGCUGGCGCCGAUCGGAUCAAGACGAUAUCCAACCGGUUCCUAGGGCUCAAGGAACAAUGCGUCACCAUGACACAGCAGCCGUACAUCCGCAAGAUAUCCGGCGGCAGGGAUAACUCUCCAGAAGGAUUGCAGGGCGGCCUUACCCAUGCGUUCGUUGUCGAGUUUGAGUCCGCCGCCGAAAGAGAUUACUACGUCAACUUGGAUCCCGUCCAUCAAUCGUUCAAGAAGGAUAUCGAGCCUUUUGUGGAAAAGGUUACGGUGGUGGACUUUACCAAUGGUGCUUUCUGAGCUUGAGGCGGCGCAUAUAUCCUUGGAAAAUAUCUAAUCACCAUGAUAUCCAAACACGUACUACUUCAAGUAUCCGCUUUGACUUGGCG